AUGGAAGAAAACAAUGUUGACACAAAGGAUGUUCCUGAUGUACGUCAGAACGAAAAUGAAGUGCCUGAUAUACCAGUAACAGCUAAUAUGAAAGAAUAUUUAAUAAAGAUGUUGGUACGGAGGUUCACAAGAUCGCUAUGGAACUCUGUGCGAGUGGAAAAAAGAUUAUUUGCAUCUGAUCCUGUUCAGCCUAAAGUUGAGGACCCAGAAGCUGUUGAACCUGUACAGUUGGAAGCCCUCGACAAGGACAUAUGUUUGUUAGUGGACGAAAAAGAUAAUUUUGUAGGAACUGCAACAAAAAGAGAGUGUCAUAAAGUUGGAGAAGAUGGUAAAGUAUUGUUACACCGUGCCUUCAGUGUGUUUCUAUUCAACAAGAGAGGUGACAUGCUUUUGCAAAGGAGAUCACCUCACAAAGUAACUUAUCCAGAGUAUUACACUAAUGCCUGCUGCAGUCACCCUCUUUACAUAGAUGAUAAACCCGAGGAUGUAAUAACAGCUGCACGCCGUAGGCUCAAUCAUGAGUUGGGCAUACCUCUUGAAUCGAUGGAUCCAGAGCUGUUCACCUUCAUGACGCGCGUGCACUAUCACGAUCCUGGUGAUGGCGUGUGGGGAGAACAUGAGAUCGACCACAUAUUAUUUUUCCAAAGCGAUGUCAAGGUCAAACCUAAUUCUAAUGAGAUAUCAGAAUAUUGCUUUGUGCCCAAGGCUGAGUUCAACUCGUAUCUACCGACAUUGGAAGGUCCGGUUACACCUUGGUUCAACAUGAUACGUCGUCACAGACUCAAGCUAUGGUGGGACAACCUUCACCGUCUAAAGGAACUCGCUGAACCAGACAAGAUCCAGAAAUUUUUAAAUGAAAAAUAG